AUGAAUUCCACCGAUGAGAUAACAUGUUUCUUCAUGGAAGUAUAUUGGACAAAGACAGUACACGAUGUCACAGUGAGUGUCAUAUCAUGUCUACUUAGCAGCAUCUUUGCGCUGUCUGCAGUAUUUGGAAAUGGAAUCGUCAUGUUCGUAAUCUGGAAGAAACGAGAACUUCAUUCGCCAUCGUUCGCUCUGUUAUUUUUUUUAGCAUCGUCUGAUUUUCUUGUGGGAUUUGUUGGCCAGCCCUCAUUCGUUGCCUACAAGGUAGCGGAGAGUCUCAAAAAAUUCAACGCGUAUUGUAACUUGCGAAUGAUUGAGUUCUUUUGUGGAUGGAUAACUUCGAGUGUGUCCUUUAUCAUCCUUGGUGCAGCUUCUGUCGACCGACUCCUCGCCUUAACGCUUCACUUGCGAUACAAAAGCACGAUCACAGUGUGCCGCAUUACGAUAGCCAUGAUAGCAGUGUGGGUUUUUUGCUGUAUUGUCACUAUUUUGAAGUUUUGGGUUCGAAACUGGGUCAUCAUUCCGGUUUCUUUUGUUGUUGUGAAUAUUUUUUCAUCCACAUUUUGCACGUGGAAGAUAUAUCAAAUUGCACGAAGACAUCAAAGCCAAAUAAAUAGCCAAAUUAAAAAAAUAGCUCACUUGAGAAACGUACGAAACAGGUCACAAAACAACCCAGUUGAUGCUUUUAAAUGUAAAAAAUCAGCCACUACCGUAAUCUAUCUUUAUGGUAUUAUGCUGAUGUUUUAUCUCCCAUUUAUUGCAGUCAGUGCUGUAGAAGCGAUUCAAGGCUAUACGUGGUCGAUAAAAAUCGCUUAUGAUUAUGCUACAACGAUUGUAUUCAUAAACUCGUCGGUAAAUCCUUUUAUUUACUGCUGGAGAAAUUCGCAAGUACGCCGAGCCAUAAAAAACUAUUUGAGAAAGCUGAGUUUUCGUGAUAAUUCAGGUACAGCUGGGGGAACUGUACAUUCUAAUUAAAAUUAAACAUGAUUCAGUUUGAUGAUUGUCUGACUACAGAUGC